GGUCCUAAUAACCAUGGCGGACGACGGCCUGCUCCUGAACUUCUCCAUCGGAGAUAAUCUCAACUACACGAAACAGGAGAAAAAAAUCACUGGAGGAACCUGGCGCGACCGCCUCAGCGCAAAGAAAGCCGCCAAAGACCGACUGACAAAAGGACCGGGCGAAGAAGGCGCCGACAAAUCCGAGAAACGGCCACCGCGCAACCCGAACCACGUUCCUCUUCCCUUAUCACGGCCGCAGAAGCGACAGCGCACGGAUGGCGGCGGCGGCGGCGGCGGUGGUGGUGGAAGCAGCGGGACGAAAAAAUACCUCAGUACCGACUCGUUCCAAUCGUCGCUGUUCACGUCGAACCCGGAACCGCAGAAUGAAAGCGAGCACAAAAACGGAGCGGACGAGCCCGACGCGAAGCCUACCAAUGCGCCUCUGAUCGAUGGGCUCGAUACCUUCACCAACCUGGGCCUGACCCCGACUCUGGCGGCACAUUUGCUCACGAAGCUGGAGUUGAAGGCACCGACGGCGAUUCAGAAGGCGUCGAUUGGGCAGCUGUUGAAGGAGGAGAGCGAUGCGUUCAUACAGGCUGAGACGGGAUCCGGUAAGACGCUGGCGUAUCUGCUGCCGCUGGUGCAGCGGAUCAUGGCGCUGUCGCGGUCUGCUCGGGAGGGGAAUGCCGGGGAGGGGGAAGGGGGGGACGGGGUGCAUAGGGACAGCGGACUGUUUGCGAUUGUGCUGGCGCCGACGCGCGAGCUGUGUAAGCAGAUUUCGGUCGUGUUGGAGGGCCUGCUGCGGUGUGCGCAUUGGAUUGUGGCGGGGACGGUCAUCGGUGGGGAGAAGAAGAAGUCGGAGAAGGCGCGGCUGCGCAAGGGCCUGAAUAUCUUGGUUGCGACCCCGGGGCGACUGGCGGAUCAUUUGGAGAAUACGGUUGCGCUGGACGUCAGUAAUGUCCGGUGGCUGGUGCUCGAUGAGGGCGAUCGUCUUAUGGAGUUGGGCUUUGAGCAGGAGCUGCAGGGGAUUAUUCAGAAGCUAGAUGCGCGGCAGCGGCCGAGUCGCAUUCCGGGGGUUCCGGCGAAGAGGGCGACGAUCCUUUGCUCGGCUACGCUGAAGAUGAAUGUGCAGAAGCUGGGAGAGAUCAGUUUGAAGGAUGCGAUCCACAUCAAGGCCGAUCCGGAGGACGAGGAUGGAGAGUCUGGGGAUGCGGACGGGGAUGACGAUGCGUUCAGGGUGCCCGCCCAGCUAAAGCAGUCCUACGCUCUUGUCCCAUCGAAGCUGCGCCUCGUCGCUCUUACGGGUUUCUUAAAACGCACAUUCAUGAGAAAGGGGUCAGUGAUGAAGGCCAUCGUCUUCGUCUCCUGCGCCGACUCAGUCGAUUUCCAUUUCAAGCUAUUCUCGAGACCAAAGGAGGAGGAAAAGACUUCCGACAAGGAAGAAAGCGACGCCGAAGAAAAACAAAAGACCACAGAAGCGUCCGCCAACGGGACAAUCGCGCCCGCCACCGACUUCUCCAACCCUGCAAACCCCGUCACCCUCUACAGACUGCACGGCUCCCUUCCCCAGCACGUCCGAACCUCCACGCUCGGCUCAUACGCCAAGAACCGCGAACCCUCCGUGUUAAUCUGUACCGACGUGGCAUCUCGUGGUCUCGAUCUUCCCAACGUCGACCUAGUCAUCGAAUACGACCCGGCCUUCAGCGCCGAAGACCAUCUUCACCGAAUCGGACGUACAGCCCGUCUAGGACGAGACGGGCGCGCACUGCUCUUCCUCCAACCCGGCUGCGAAGAGAACUACGUCGACAUCCUCAAACGCAGCUAUCGCGACGGGGGGAAAACAUUGGCUCGACACACCGCAAACGACAUCCUCCAGCGUGGCUUCGGCGGAAACGUCCAGUCAGGAGGCAAAGGCAAGAACUGGGAAGUCAAGGCGACAGACUGGCAGAUGGACGCAGAGCGCUGGGCCCUAGACAACCCGCAGAACCUGGAAAUGGCGCGUCGCGCGUACCAGUCGCACAUCCGCGCGUAUGCCACGCAUAUCGCGAACGAGCGGCACAUGUUCAACAUCAAAGAAUUGCACCUUGGUCAUUUGGCCAAGGCGUUCGCCUUGCGUGAUCGUCCCAGCAAGGUCAAUGUACCCGGUUUGCGACAAGGCCAGGAAGACACGAAGAAGGACUUCAAGGCGAAGAGGAGCGGCGCCGGGACGAAGAGAAAGGCUGGUGAUGAUGAUGGCGCUCGUGGUCCUGCACCGGACGCACCGACGGCCGCCCAGAAGAUGCGGGCGAAGAUGAGGGAGCACAUGGGCGGAGCGAGCGAGUUCAAUCUUGCGUAGUUCCGUGUUUUGAAAGAAUAGAGAGAGAAAAAAAAAAGGGUAAAAGG